AUGUCGCACAACGGUUUUACUUCGCCAACUGGUUUGGCCAUGCCCACCGGAGGGCUGGCCUCGCGUCGUGGCGGUGGUCAGAACAUCAAGCCCCUGUCCUUCGAUACGAUCAAGGCCUCUUCCGGAUCGGUGGACAAUGGUGCUCCAACCCCGCGAACAAGUCGCUCUCAUUUGCUUGCAGGUCUUAGAACGGCUCCCAAGUCUGCUACCGCGACUACUUUCGCCGCUGCCGCGGCCUCGCCGACUUCUGCUGUGCCCCCGUCGCAUAUCCCCGGUAGGAAUACUAGCAUCGCUGGAAACAUGUAUGGCGGCCAGGACAACAUGUACAACGGACCGAAGACAUCGCUUCCCCGUCUUGCCACUCAGCAACAUCAUCAACAGCAACAGCAGCAGCAAAGCUACGGCUCCAUGAUGGGAAUGAACCACCAACAGUACACUGCCGAGCAGAUUUUGGCACCCCCCGAGCUUCACCUUGAUGAACAAGUCCAGGACCAGAUGGAUCCUUCACUCUACGCUCAGCUAGUGGCCACCAAUCUUUACUUGGCUCAGCAGCAGCAGCGACUACAGCAACAGCUACUCAGUGUUCAAGCUGCUGCUCAGCAGUUCCAGAACAUGAGUCUCAGUGGACAAUCAGUGUUGCAACAGCAGAUGGCACUUCAGAACCUAUACCAUCAGCAACAGCAGCUCAAGAAUUUGCAACAGUCGAUGGCUUCUUCCCUGCCUACUCAGCAGAACUUGUAUUCUUAUUAUGACCCUGCUACUGCUCAGCAAAUGUACUACAUCGAACAGAGUGCCGCACAGGCCAACAGCAACAGCAACUACAUGGACCGGACUCCUGGUACCCCUCAAAGCUAUACUCGCCAGCAGCCGAACAACAACACACCUCGUGUUCAAGUCUCGCCGCCACCCAUGGAGAAUAAUUCAUCGGCCUUCCGAACCACUUCUCCCCCGAAGAAGGUAGAGUUGACCGCGGAACCGACGCCCCUCCCCCCGCCCUCCGCCAAUGCCUUCCGUCGUGGCCACAAGAAGUCAAACUCCCUUGCGGGCGCCAAUAAGGGCUUAUCUUUAUCGAUGGACGAGACUCCUAAGUCAGCCGGCCCUAAGACGGCUUCUUUCCCAUUGUCGCCUAUGACUAAUGGUGGUUACGGUCCUGGCCAGGGUCGCGCUGGUGAACAUCCGGUUCGUCAACCUCGUGGCCCUCCUGCAUUGGACGAACUUAAGGCGAAGCCAACCGCCAGGCAUGAAGGCAGCAAGAACUUUGCGGCGCGAACUCGUCGUUCUGCUGUUCUUAACCUGAGAAAGGCGGGAAUAGUUCGACGCAAGGGUACGGGUAGUAGCUGCGGAAGCAUGAGUCCCGUAUCUGAAAGUGCUGAGGAGGUCAGCACUCCCUUGACGGACAAUGAGUCUGACUCCGGGCGUAGUGGCUCGGGUAGCCUCUCCGGCGAUGCGGAGCCCAGUCUGGCUAGCUCCAGAACUUCCACAAGCGGCAGUUGGGGAGCUAUCGGCUCCGAUCGACCCGGUUCGCGUCAGAAGUCACGCAAGAGCGUUGACAGCUUAUCUAGCAGCGGUGAUAGUGAGGGUAGCUUUGCGAAUGUGUUCAAGAAUGGUUCCCAGCGAUCUAGCAAGACGGAACUAGUCGAUGGGCAGCGUAAAGCACCUAUGCUCGUGCUCACCAGCGCCGAGAAGCGCAAAGGUGGCAUUGCAGUGGCGUAG